GUAGCCUAUCAUACACAACCCAAGCCUUGCCCUUCUCUAAGGACUUGAUCAUCAUUGGCCUGGAGGCCCUGGACGUCUUUGGGUUGGAAAAAAAUUGGAAAAGAGAGCUGAUUGCUAUCUUUGUUAAAUCACAGUUCGUUAAUAUCUUCCGCGCACGUCUACCUACCGGUCGGUAGUCAUGAAGCCCGCUGGCAGUAGGAGCAGACCUGGGUCUAGACCAAACCCGAUGGGGGGCAGCUAUACCCCAACGUCAGGAGGGGGCUGGAGCGGUGUGGGGGAGGUGGCAAACACGCCCCCGCGGGGCCAUUACCCAACAACGGAGGCAGAGGCACAGCUUCUGGAUCUGCAUCGAAAAUACCGAAUGAUGGAGGGCAACCGGAAGCAGUACAGCGAAGACAGCCAAAGCGUCAUCCGGCGCCAACGAACAAAGAUCGAGAAGCUUAAGCACGACAACAUGCUGCUGAAACAGGAGUUGGAUGCCCUGUUCAGAGGGGACAAUCCCGGCGCCAGCCACCUCGAAGCUCAGCAAGAGCUGCUCGAUCUGCAGGAUGUCGUCGACAGCCACAUCCGUCAGAUCGAUGCCGAGAAACACAAGAUCGAGCGAGUGGAGCAGUCGAUCAACAUGCUGGUGGUGAAAGCUCUGGAAACGAGGAGACAAAUCGGCGGCGUGAACGCGUGCAAGGAGAUGGUCCUGCAUGGCAACAAGCACAUCAAGGUGCUGGAGAACAGGCUGGAAAGGGCGUUGGUGAAAUUCAAUGAGACGCUGGCGUACAAUCGCAACUUGCGGAUGCAGAUAGAUAACCUGAGGAGGGAGAGAGUGGCGUUCGAGAGCCUGUACCAGAAGCUGGAGAGAGAGCUGCACGAGAAGAAGAAGGAGAUGGCCAACGUGAUAGAGAUCUCCAACAUAGCCUACGAAGCACGCGAUCAGGCGCAGAACGAGAUUGCCGCGCUGAAAGCUCAAGCGGACAGAGAGCAGCAGGCCUUCGAGUUGGAGUGGAAAGAACUGGGAAGACUCAUCGAGAUGGGGCAGAGAAUACACGACAUGAUCAAGCUCACAAGCGGGAGGACUGCGCGCAAGAAGAGGAUGGGCGAUGCGGAAGAGAGGAAGAGGAGGAGGGGGAGCCUGAAGAGAGGCCGCGGCGACCGGGGAUCGAGAAGCAGCGUGUCUGUCAACGUGCAGACCUACGAAGAGGCAUUCACGAAGAUCCAUAAGGCGACCGGCAUCGAGGAUAUCGACGAGCUAGUCACGCUGUUCAUAAACACGGAGGACAAGAACUUCUCGCUUUUCAAUUACGUGAACGAGCUGAAUCAGGAGGCGGAGAAGCUGGAAGAGGCGCUGGGCGAGACCAAAGCUGAGAUCGAAAGGUACAGGGGCCAAGGGCUCACCACGGAUCACCAGAGGAAGAAGAUCAUCACCGAGUUGGAAGAAAGACUGAGGCAGAUGGAGGAGCGGUCCCAGCACUUCGAGGGCAAAUAUUCCAAGGCCAUGCGGUCGAUCAAUGCGCUGAAAUUCCAAGUCCAGAGCUUGUUCAAUCGGAUAGGCUGCAACACUCCCUACGUGCGGGAGAUCUUGGGAGAGGGAGGUGUCACGGAAAGCAACCUGCUUCAGUACCUUGGAAUCAUCGAGCAGCGGGCCAACGAAAUACUCCUCAUGUACGCCCUUCAUCAGAACCGGGUGCAGAGCUCCAGCAUCGACUUGUCGCCCAUGCAGCAGCACCAGUUGCAGCACGUAGACCAUCGGGUCCUGAUAAACCAGGGCCCAAGUUCACCGUCGGGGGCGGCCCAGAUUGCAAUUGAGCCACCCGUCACGUCGGACGAGUACAUGUCGGAGGAAGACAGUGACGAGGAACUGGAUGAUCGACCAAUCAGCAGGAGCGAGCUCGUAGAAAAGGCAGUGCGACGAAUACAAAAGCGCGAAGCCAGUGGGAAGAUGAGGACGAACCCGAAGCUCACUCCUCGACAGGCUCGCAGGUGGCGCGACCUAUCCGAGUUUAGUUUCACCACUGAGCACAUCAAGGGUGAGACUAAUCGGGUCGCCGAUGCCCUAUCCCGGCGCCCCGACGACGACCAGGAGCACAUCCAGCUCUCUUCCAUCUCGGUCAACACCAUCCACCACUCGGUGAUCGACGAGUUUCGCACUCAGUACCACCACUGCCCCGACUAUCGCGACAUCCACGCGACCCUUCGGAGUGGCAAGACCGUUCCGAACUACUCUCUCGGGGACAACGGUCUUGUGUACUGGCACGGUUCACAGGGCACAGGAGAGCCCCGUAUUCGUGUUCCCUCCACUGGACAGCUACGUGUCCGAGCAGUAGUAGAGUUCCAUGACCAGGCAGCUGCCGGUCAUAUGGGCUUCCACAAGACGUUGGCUCGUGUGAGCCGCCUGUACGUCUGGCCGAAGCGCAAGGACUUUGUGAAGGACUACGUCGCAGAGUGUCCCACCUGUCAGGAGGUGAACAGUGCGAACCACCUACCUUAUGGUUUGCUCCAGCCUCUUCCUAUCCCUGAGGGUCAUUGGCAGUCCAUCUCGAUGGACUUUAUCGGUCCUCUUCGACCUCCAACCCCCCGCGGUCAUGAUGCUAUCCUGGUCGUCGUCAACCGCUUCACGAAGCGUGCACGCUUUGUUCCGUGCCGCUAUGCCAUUAGUGCACGUGAGGUCGCCGACAUCGUAUUUGACCGAGUCGUGCGUGACCACGGCUUACCUCURAGCAUCAUAUMUGACCGUGACCCGCGCUUUAYCAGCCGAUUCUGGCGACGGCUCCAUGAGGUGUACGGCACUCAGCUCCGCUUCUCUUCGUCUUACUAUCCUCAGACUGAUGGGUUGACCGAGAUCACGAACAGGACUCUCGGGGAUAUUCUCCGAAAGAUUGUUCGUGACGACCAGCAGUGGGAUCUCCAUCUUGCCCACGCGGAGAUAGCCUACAACCACGCCGUCUCGCCAGCCACGGGGAUGUCGCCUUACUAUUGCGACCUCGGCUAUCACCCGCGUGUUCCCGCGGACUUCCUUCGACCGUCCCAGAUGCACCCCGACACGAGUUGUCCCGCGCUGGAUGAUUGGGUUGCACACAUGACGUCGAUUAUGAAGACCACACAUGAGCACAUAGCCGCUUCCCAGACUCGCAUGGUAGCACGUGCGAACCGAUCGAGGAUGGAUCACCCAUUCAAGGUCGGUGAUGAUGUGCGUAUCGACGCCCACCACUUACAGCUCAAAGCGGACACGCUUCGCAAGUUUCGGCGUCGCUUCUUUGGCCCAUGCCGCAUCCUCCAGGCCGUCGGUUCUGAUACGACAUCUAGCCCGGUCAGCUUUCGUGUGAAGCUGCCCGACUACCUACGCCAGGCUCGUGUACAUGAUGUCUACCACGUCUCGUUACUGCGUCCUUACGGCAGACCGUCUGAGCGUUUCGCUGGACGACCAUACGAGCGCCCUCCACCCAUCAUGGUGGACGGCCACGAGGAGUUCCUCGUUUCAGACACCAUUGGUCGCCGAGUCACCGAUGACAACCCUCCCCACGUCGAGUAUCUCGUACGUUGGAAGGGUUACCCUGAUGAGGAGGCUACCUGGGAGCCCCUCGAGCACUUGCAACACGCUCGCACGUUGGUGCGUGCCUAUGACCGUGCUCGUCGUGCUGGGUUCACUGCUCCUCCUCAGCCCACUGACCCUCCUCCUUCUCCUCCGGCUGAGGAGACAGUUGAAGUCGUGCCUGCUCCAUCUGAGGCAGACCUUCAGCAGCAGCCGAAUGUCUCUGAGCGUCCACAGAAGGGUGAUGACGGCGACUGCGGCGGAGUCACCCCCGGUGAUAGAGAGGAUCAUAGCGCGGUACUCCAGGAGGAUGAUGACGAUGGUGAGGUGAAGGAAGUUACAUCAAUGAGCGAGAAGAAGAAGGCAAUCAAGAGUCGUGGGAGGUCGAAGGCGAGGGAGCGAGGGGGGGAUGUGGAUGGCGAUGGUGGGGGAGGGAGCAUGUGGCAGAACUGGGGUUUGGACGAUUCACUCGUCCUUGUUCACUGCAAGAGGAACCUUAACGAUUACAUGGCGAGCCAGGGCAACAACUUUGUGCGAAUGAAGACGAAAACCUGGAAAUGGAACGAAGCCGCCGAAGCGGAUGUGCCAGCAGGGGGUUACGAAUAGAGAUGGGGAUUUGUGCAUAAAAAGAUGUUGGCCUGUAGUCCUUUUUCCUACUGACAUCGAAGAAACACAAAGAGCUGGGGUACAAGUUCACAAUGGAUCGA